AUGUCGUCGAAAACGCUGCAUAACGAGCAUAUAAAGCGCCCCAUGAACGCGUUCAUGGUGUGGUCACGAGGGCAGCGACGGAAAAUGGCCCAGGAAAAUCCCAAGAUGCAUAAUUCCGAGAUUUCCAAGAGGCUCGGCGCCGAAUGGAAACUGCUCAGCGAGAGCGAGAAGCGGCCUUUCAUCGACGAGGCUAAAAGAUUAAGAGCCCUCCACAUGAAGGAGCAUCCAGAUUACAAGUACAGGCCCCGCAGGAAGCCGAAAUCCUUAGUGAAAAAGGAGAACAAAUUCGGUUUCUCGAUAUCGCCGUUGAUGUCCUCGGGUGAAUCCCUGGGCAACAUAUCGAGAAGCCUCCUGCCACCUCUGGCCCCCCCAUCGCAUCACACGUUGAUGAGCCACGAGGAUCUCAAGAUCCCCCGUUUCUUCCCGCCAUUUCCAUAUCCCCUCUACCCAAUUCAACACAAAUUGGGAGAAGAAUUCAACGGCGGGAAACUGGCCGCGGAUCUCGCUCUCCAAGCUCUCUACGGCGGUGGCACCUUCUACUCCAGCCAUCAGACCAUGUCCUGGCCCGGUUUAUCAACGGCGACCUGUCUCCAGCCCAACUGCGGAUGCCCAAGUCCCCCCAAAGACCCGAAGAGGCCUUACUUGCCCGCCAAAUUAGACGAAAGGCCGUUCCCAAGCCCGGGCAAACCGGAGGACGACGGAUUCCCCUCGGACAGGGAUUCCAGCAGGGAGGAGCCGCGAUACAGAAAACUGGAGGAGGAGAAUUUCUCGUCGUCGGUGGACAGGCAUCAGGAGGACAGAUCGCAGGAUCGAUUCUCCUCGUCUUCCUCCUCCUCCCUCGUUGAUCAAAACGAGAAGGUAGGCAAUACCGCGCCGACCACGACUACGUCGUCAGCGACUACGAAAGUGGAGAGCGCGUUCUCGGUCCAAAAUUUGACAUCGUCCAGCUCGAAUUUAGGCAGCCAUCGUGGCGGCCACGUCAUAUGAAGACCGCUUCCGGUUCUCCCGGACUUAAACUUCCGGGGGAACCUGGUACCACCCGGAUGGCCCAGCACCGACUGGUGGAGGGUACCACCGAUGCUCUCGCCGAUCCCCCAGGCAACCGUCACCAAUCUGAACGCGCCAGCCAAAGAGGACGAGGUCCAGUUCCAGGAGGAGCAGCAGAGGAAUGGGGCGAUGGCCAGAUCGAGGAGCAUCCACAUUGGAAAUGUGCAGUGAUCGUCUCAAAGUUGAAAGAAAAUUUAACUCGAGAUCGUAGUCGUAGAGACGGAUGUUGGGUGGACAUUUCGUGUACAUAACGCGAACGAAAUUCAAUCGUGAAUGAUAAGUGAACUAAUUACUGAGUUAUUACAAGUUUUAGAAGAAUCCGAAGAUUGACCAGGAAUGACCAGGAAUACCAGCGUCGGUCCUCGAUCAUUCGUAACCUGUUGCGUUGUGUGAUAAUUCGAGCAGCCUAUUUCUUAGCGCGCCACGUUUUUUACGAUUGUACAUAAUAUUAACGAGGAGAAGGAAUCGCAAAAGCGAGCUCGAAGAGUCAAAACUCGGUCCCCGGUGAACCUUCCAUCGUGGAAGCGAUCCUGAUCUUGCUCUCGAUACCCUUUCUCUCGGCUUUCUCUCGGCGGAAUACGGUUUCCAAAAAACGGUGUCGAAGAACGAAAAGUUCGAAGGAAAAUUCCACGUAACCACGUAUCCGGCGGUGGAUACCGCAAAGCCGAAUCGAUAACUCGCCACGGCCGGAAUCCCACAAAGAGAGAGAAAGAGAAGGAGAGAGAAUGAGCGAGCGGCGAAAGGGUCUUUUCCGGCAAAGCGUGUACAGGGAUGCAAGAGAAGAGUCCAAUUUUGAUGAGAUAACCAACCCUCUCCGUGGCACAUAUUACCGCGCACGCGAGCCAAAGCGAGCCACAGGGAGGACAGAAAAGAGCCCCGUACGAGAGGUAGGAGAAAGAGAGAGAGAGAGAGAAAAAGAAAUAAAAAUAAAACCCCUCUUCGAGUGGAGGCAAAUCUCUUCUUUGGGGCGCGGCCAUGCGAAAUAAGCCAACCGUUUCUGAAUGCUAACGUAGAUGCGGGCCUGUAUACGCGUUAUACCACCCCCUCGCGAGAUGAUUUUAUUGCGUCGCGCAUCGAUACUGCAACUCUCUCCACGAUAUUUCAACUCAGUUCUCUUUCUUUUUUUUCUCCUUUCUUUUUUUUCUUUUUUUUUACAGAUUUCCCUUUGUCGCUUGUUUUUCGUUACAUACACGCGCGCUUGUCUUUUGUUACAUCGCGUUUUGAUUGAUGGAUCGCGCGACGAUUGUGAGGGAGAGAGAGAGAGAGAGAGAGUGGUGAGAGUGAAUACGAUGAAUCAUCAUCGUGUUCGAUUAUUUUUUCGUGCUUUCGCGAAGAAAUCUUGAAAUCUUGUGAUAUCUGGUUAGAAGCUUUUUCCUGCGUUGUUCAUGAUUUUGUUGUUGUUGUUGUUUUUUUUCUUUCGUUCCUUUUUUCGUACAGGGAAAUUGAUACUGUGGAACUCUUUUCAACGAAAUUGUUACGAAUUCUAAUCGAGAUCGUCGUAUCAUUUGGAAUAACAAUCGGCUGAAUAUUUUUAUAACGUGACGUAGUUAAAAAAAAUGUAUUUCGUAUUAUUUGUUCGCGAAACGAUUACUUAAUUUUUUUAAUUAUAAUCAUAUUAUUGGCGGGAAGAAGAUUUAUUAUUCGAAUAGAUUCGUUUCGAAAGAAGUUCUACCGUACAACAAAUUUUGUUAGAUAAUAUUUUAUUAAACGUAACGUAAAAUUUUAUUUUAACUCCAACUCUUAAAAUCUAUCGUCGAAACAAAUUUCACGAUAGCCUUUAAGGGUGUAGCCUUUGAAAUCUUGUUUAGAAAAGAAAUAUUAUCAAUUAUAACUUGUCGUUUAACAUCUCUUUCAUGAUCUUAUAUAGGAAAAAAAAAAAAAAAAUACGCGGCAAAAUGAAAAAUAGAAUGCAAGAUUUUUUUUUGUUCGGAUAGUAGAGAAAUAUGCGAAUCUGUAAUUUGUUACUGUGAAGCUUUAAACGAUUGGCCGGUAAUAAUAAAACGUUCAAUUCGAGCAAAUUGUUUGCAGACGCGCCAUUCUGUCCACGGAUUGUUGAAUUCGUUCGCACUCCCCCUCCCCUCCACCUCCCUUCCCCCCUUCCCCACCCUCUCCCUCGCAGUUUUAUUGCAGCUGAUUUUUCGCAAUCGACGCGCAACCGUAUAUUCGAAAUUUUAUACACUUGUUUUGCCGCGCGAGGCACGUAUUUUUCGUGGGCAAAAUUUUUCGAUAUCAACCGGCGACGAUCGAGCCUCACUACCGAUCAGAAUGGAAACUAAUUCUCCCUCCCUGGCAUACUUUUCACCUCCCGUAUCUAGAAAUUGUAUACAGUUUAAAAAAAAAAAAAAAAAAAAAGGAAAAAAAAGAAAAAAAAAGAAAUAUCGUAACGAUUGUAGAACGAGUGGACGAUGAAAAAAAAUAAAAAAAAAAAAAGAAAUAUAAUGUAAAGCGUAUCUAAACGGAUAGAAAAAAAACGUAUCUUCUUCGAUAUUAUACGUAUGUUCCUCGGCUACCACACACGUUUUAUUUCCAACGUUCCAAACGAGAGAAAAAGGAAACGAAGUGUAUAGCGACUCGUAUAGCUCGACUCGAGUUUUCCAUUAAUCAUGUCGCUGAAAAAAACGACGACGUAAUCAUUGUUAAUUAUUUGCUGUAACAUAACGCGUUUGUAAAUAAAUUGAAUCUUAAUCGA